UGACACAAUAACAGUUCUCUGAACUUCCAAGUCGACCUGUAAAGCGAAGCUGUGAUGCACAUGGAAUAGUGGUUUCUGUAUCGCUUGUCUGUGUUUUAUUGAAGAUGGUUUCCCCGGUAUGAAACUUCAGUUUACAUACUAUCUGUGAAAGUGUCAAACUGGUUUGAUUGUAUUAAAAAAAGGAACAUUUGGAAACCGUUAUGUGAGGGGAAACAAAACAAUUUCGCCAUGAAAAGUAUGUGGAAUCGUGACAACGAAUUUCCAAGGUACUAUAGAAGACUGGAAUACAAGUCUAUAUUGCUGUGAAUUCUACAACGUCGUCCUUACAGCAGGAAUUAUCAGCAUAUCAGGCGAACAGAUUUGGAAUUUCAAAGAAAAACGCAAUCAUUAAUUUUCCUCUUGAACAUCUUUACAAAUUGUCAACACUACAACGAUGCAGGUUUUACUUUUGGUGAUUUUAAGCAGCUGUUUGCUGCAGGGACCGAUGAGCCGUGUACUUCUGUUGGCAAAGGCGGCAACAGCUCUCCCCAUCAACACUACUGCUGAACCAGAAACCACUUCUGAACUGGACAUUACUGCUGAGCCAGAGACAAGCACAGAACCGGAAACCACAGCAGAACCCGAGACAAGCUCAGAACCGGAAACCACAGCAGAACCCGAGACAAGCUCAGAACCGGAAACUACAGCAGAACCCGAGACAAGCUCAGAACCGGAAACCACAGCAGAACCGGAGACAAGCUCAGAGCCAGAAACCACAGCAGAACCCGAGACAAGCUCAGAACCGGAAACCACAGCAGAACCCGAGACAAGCUCAGAACCGGGAACAGCCACAGCAGAACCCGAGACAAGCUCAGAACCGGAGCUACACGCAGAACCCGAGACAAGCUCAGAACCCGAGACACAGCAGAACCCGAGACAAGCUCAGAGCCAGAAACCACAGCAGAACAGCGAAACAAGCUCAGAACCGGAAACCACAGCAGAACCCGAGACAAGCUCAGAGCCAGAAACCACAGCAGAACCCGAGACAAGCUCAGAACCGGAAACCACAGCAGAACCCGAGACAAGCUCAGAACCGGAAACCACAGCAGAACCCGAGACAAGCUCAGAACCGGAAACCACAGCAGAACCGGAGACAAGUUCAGAACCGGAAACCACAGCAGAACCCGAGACAAGCUCAGAACCGGAAACCACAGCAGAACCGGAAACAAGCUCAGAGCCAGAAACCACAGCAGAACCCGAGACAAGCUCAGAACCGGAAACCACAGCAGAACCCGAGACAAGCUCAGAACCGGAAACCACAGCAGAACCCGAGACAAGCUCAGAACCGGAAACCACAGCAGAACCCGAGACAAGCUCAGAACCGGAAACCACAGCAGAACCCGAGACAAGCUCAGAACCGGAAACCACAGCAGAACCAGUGAGUGAAAAAGGAGCUGUUCCUGAAACAAGGCCAUCAGUGGUAGAAAUAGUCGUUCCUCCAUUUGCUCUCAUGGCAGUUAUUGUAUUAGGUCUUGUGUUCCUGGUGUUAAAGGCGCGUUUCACAACUGUUCCUUCAGCUCUAUUGAGCAUGGGUAAAAGUGCAAUGAGAGCAAUGUGGCUUCAAACGGCCAAAGUAUCCUGUGAACUGAAACCCAAAAUCAUCAGUACGGAGAAUAAUAACAAGGAAAAGCUUGUGAAGGAUGCUGAUGACGAAUUUCUUACUCCUUUUGACAUAGAGGUCAUUGACAGCCUCAGAACAUCCCACAACCGACCUCAGGAACUGAUUCGAAUCGCACUUCCGGCAGUGCUCUCCCUUGCUCUUUGUCCUCUUACCUUGUACCUCUAUGAACCGUUCACCUUAUUCCUGUGGCCCAAAGACCAAUACGCAACUCCUCCCGAUAUCAACGACGCCAUUGCCUGUUUCCUAGCUCCAGCUGGACUCGUGUACGCAACAUCGUUUGGCUUUGCCUUCCAGUCAGCACUCAACAAGCAGCACGAGAUCCUCACCAAGAUGACUGGGGAGAUGAGCAUGAUAGAUCACAUAGCUACAUUUACUACCAAGAUUCGACUGCCCAACAAGAAGCUGAGGCUUGACAUUUACCGUGCUAUAAAAGCUGAGGCUAUAUUCAUGAUAUUGCAGCUUCUGGACAGAGAUGAAUCUUCCUAUGUCAACAGACCAAAAGAAGAUGUGAAAGUCAAAAUUUGGACUGUAGUGGACAUUCUGCGUCAGGUGGACACGGACAGUAAGCAUCACGUGGACAGAGUGCUACUCGAGAAAAUCAUCAGUAACAUCGUCUUUCUCAACAGCGUUUGUUCCGACCGGAUGGGUAUUCUCCACGCACGGAUACAUCCGCUUAAGUGGGCGUUUCUGGAGACACUGGGCUUCUUCUCCUUCAUAGGGAUCCUUCUCCUCCACGCAUACUCUUACCGCAUGGAGCUUGUCAUGUGCAUCAUCACCGUCUUCUCCAUCAGCAUGCUGUGCUACGUCGUGUCGGACCUCGACUCGCCUUUCAGUGGCUUCUUCAGAGUGGACCUCUCCGUGUUGGAGGUGGUCAUCGAGAGGCUGGCCGCCAUGUACGAGCUGGCGAAGAUGGGACACAGCAACCUGGUUUUCUACCCGGACAAGCACCCAGCUGGUGCCCACAAAGCAGCUGAGCACACGAAGAAGAAACCAGACAAGGAGAGAGUGCAAGCAUGGUAACAACAGUAUGACAGAAACCACACUUGUCCAUUGUUUUCGAGAGAUGGUAACAGAAUGAUUGUGUUGAUACCCAAUACGAUCGCUGUGAUGACGAAACACUGACGUUCACGUAUAAUUCAAUAUGUGAUGACGAAACGACUGGCGUUGAUUGCCUUGGCAAUAUAUGUGUUGUGUUAUAGAUACAGACUUGCAUGAGAUGCCCUAGUAAUGGGUAUCAAGUAGGCUUAAUGCACUGCCACGGUACAUCUCGAGUUUCUACAUCAAUUAUAAAAUACUGUACAUUCUCUUCAAAGGUUUCGCGUGUCCAUUUAUCCUCUCUGUCUGUGUCAUAGGAGAAACAAUCGUACAGUGACAUUUUAACAAUGGGGUUGUGUUGUGUUGUGUAUAUAUGUGACGGGCGUUCUCAAGUUUAACGUCAUUUAUACAUUGUGUGUUCAUAUUUCUUAGAGUGCUUCUACUUUCAAAACUGAAAUGCAAAUAUGCAAGAAGCUAGCAUGGAGGAAUUGCUCCGGCACUCGCUUUCCGUAUCAACAUAAAUGGUAAACACCAACAUUAGUCGUGUUGAUAAGGGCAACGGGGUACAAGCCACUCACGCGAUAGGUUGUGUAUGUGUGCGCGCGUGUGUGAGUGUGUAUGUGUGUUUGUGUGUUCAUAUGAAGGUGUAACGAACAGUUUCAACGUGCUGGUUUUCACUGGGAACUUU